AUGAACGAUGAGGAACGACCCCCUCGGCGUCAAUCGCUUCUCACGCACGCGUUGCUCAAAGGUGCCGUCUCGGACGACGACGAGGAUGAAGUCGAGGAUGAAGAAGAGUUGAAGCAACAAAAACGAAUCGAAGACAUGGACGAGGAGGACCAACCGGAGUACUCCAUGAAGGAAAUCAAGACGGUUUUGGAAGAGGCGGCGGAGGAUAUCGAGGAGAGCGGGAUAUUCGACGAUUUGGCGGAGAAUAUCGAGGAAAUCGUACGAGUGGGAAGCUUCAAGGCGUCGUCUUCGUGGGACGAACGAAGAGAAGGGAUGUUGUCGCCGAGAGGAGGAGGAGGAGGAGGAGGGAUGAACAUAACGAACGGUUUUCGAACGAACGCGACGAUGGGUCAUGCGGAGAACGAAUCAUCGGCGGAUGACAUGAAAGAGAACCUCGGCGGCGGCGGAAGGAGUUCGAGCUCGUUUCGAAGGAAGAGGAGCGAGUACUUAUCGAACGAGGUGAUGAAAUCGCUCCGCGAGGACAGACAAGAAAACAACGGGUAUCCAACGCCGAUUUUAGUUACCGAGGAACAGUUGACGGAUGCAUUUGAGGUCAUCAACUCUUUGGAGACGUACGUUGAGGCUGGGGAAGCCGAUCCGGAUUUUGUGGAGCAGUUUGUUCCGGAAGAGUUGGCGGUCAUCGUGAAAGGUUUGGCGGAAACGGCUGGUUUCGAAGAGACGCUGAUGGACGACACGCAACAAGACGCGAUUGAUUUCGAGGAGGCGGUACCGGAUGAAUUCAACUUUGAAGAGAUUCGGAAGACAUUCGACGUGCAACCGAUCUCGUCGAGGUCGAUGGAUGACGUUAGGGAAAGGUGUUUGGAACUCGUAAAUGACAUGCGUUUGGAGGAUACGUUCGCGGUGAUUGAUUUACACGCCGUGGUAAAGUUGUACGAGCACUUGAAGAAGAGGAUGCCGAGAGUGACGCCACAUUACGCCGUGAAGUGCUGUCCGGAUAGAGGGAUCAUUUCAACGUUGGCAGCUUUGGGUGCUGGAUUCGAUUGCGCCAGUCAGGGCGAGGUGGAGUUGAUUAAAGAGUUGGGUAUUGACGUGGAUAAAAUCAUCUUGGCACACGCGGUGAAGAGGCCGGUGGAUUUGCGUUGCAUCGCCGAGCACGGAGUAAAGUUUACCACGUUUGAUUCCGAGUCCGAGCUGCACAAAAUGUUUGCCGCUCGAUUAAACGAGUGCAAGUUGGUCUUAAGAAUUAAAGCGGACGACCCGAUGGCAAAGAUUUCGUUCGGCGCGAAAUUCGGCGCGCACAUGGACGACAUUCCUAAACUUUUAUCGACGGCGCAAUUGCUCGGCAUGGAUAUCGUCGGCGUGUCGUUUCACGUCGGCAGCUCCAGCCGAAACCCGAACGCGUACAGAAACGCGAUCCAACAAGCCAAGGAUGUUUUUCAACAAGGCUAUCAUUACGGUUUCAAGAUGAACUUGUUGGAUUUAGGUGGCGGCUAUACGGGUCUGUUCGAUCAAACGGGUAACAUCGACGAGUCCCCGUGCGACUUUUCCAUCAUCGCGAAAGCGUUAGACGAUAUUUUUCCGAAAGACCAAUGGCCGAAGCUGAAAAUUAUCGCUGAGCCGGGGAGAUAUUUCGCGCAAUCGCCGAUUACCAUCGCGUCGAUGGUGUACGGUAAACGCGAAACCGUGAAAGCGUCCGGGGAUUUACACUACGAUUAUUACAUCACCGACGGCUUGUACGGAUGUUUCAACGGCGUCAUUUACGACGGAUUGGAAACACCGGCGUAUAUUUUGAAAUCCACCGGGGAUGGAUCCAUGCCUGAGCUCGAGUUACGUUUAGGUUUACAACACGAAAGUACCAUUUGGGGGCCCACCUGCGAUUCCGCCGAUUGUGUCAUGAGAGACACUAUGAUGACGGAACUCAACAAUGGCGAUUACGUGUUGUUUCCAGACUCGGGAGCGUACACGUUAGCUGGAAGUUGCGAUUUUAACGGCAUUGAAGCGACGAAAGCGAGAAAGUUUUACGUCUGGGGCGACCGAAUGUGCCCGACGUGCACGGUGGAACAGUUGGAUUCGGAACUCUUUUUACCUUUGAAACCUCCUUGCGAGUUACUCCAACACAUCACGCCAGAAACGCGAGCGUCAGACGGCGUCGACGCUGGUGUUGAGUGA